UGUCAAACUAGUUGAGGUUAUGUUGUGUGUUAUUUUACUUUUCGAUUUAAAAUAAAAUAAUAUUAAAGUACAAAAUGAAUAGACAAUUACUGAACAUUUUUCACCCUUUAAAAUCCUUUUCUCGACAAAAGGGCUACAAACAUCCAGGUGGUAUCAGAUAUCCCGGUGGCAUAACAUACUAUCCAAGAGACCCAACAACCCAUAAGGACCCUGAAGAUUAUACGCCCCCAAAAUUAUUUAGAGUGGAAAGGAUCAAACCUGUUAAAAACAAUGCCUGGUGGUUGAAGGAUAUUUUAGCUGAAUUCAGGAUUCAUGAAGAAGAAAGGGUCACAGUAGUCAAAAACAUACCAGAACUAAAUUCAAAGUUGUGGAAAAUCAAGCAUUUGGUCAAGAUAACUCCUAUUACUUUCCCCUAUGGAGAACCUUCAGAACAGGAUAUUAAGUACACCGUUUUGAAGGAAAAUGGGCAAUGUGUGGUCACAAAGGCAUUGGAACCAGCUCCACAACAGAUUGAAGCUCUAGAGAAGUUUGAUAAUGAUGUAAAGAAAAUGGAUUCAACUACUAUAAAAAGAGACUCUCGGCACAAAUGGAAUAAUGCUUUUGGAGGUGGAUUUUAGAUGUGCAGUUAGAUAAUGUAGUUUUAGGAUUUAUGUAAUUAAAGUAUCAUGUAAAAUUGAA